AUGGAGUCCUCGCCCCCAUGGGCAAGACAAGUCAACCGGUUCUGCAACCAAUAUCUCCAGUUGGAACCUGAGUUGGACUUUCCUGACGCUUCACUCCUUAAGACCCAGCAAGUUCAGGAUGUUCUCUAUACAAGACUGUUUGCGGAUGGAGCCGUUCAGUUUGGACCUCCUCAGAGAUACCAGCUUCGAGUCCUGAAGGAACUCAUGAAGAAAGUCGAGGCGAGCAUUGAUGACUGGAAUGAGAAUGGUGUCUCUGAUGAUUUGAUGUCCACUCUAUCCAUUCUUCUCGCAACGCCUCUCGCUCCCGAGGCUACGUCUGUUCAACAAAAAUGCUACGUUACCUACCAGUUAUCUUCCCUAGCAGGUGGCACCCUGGGAUCACAAUCACAAGAGUCCCCGAGGGAUCCUCAUGUCACCCUUCUCGAAAACCGCUCUCUCAUCUCAGCCGCUGGGACCACAGGACUGCGAACUUGGGAAGCUGCACUUCAUUUGGGGGUGUAUUUGUGUCAAAACAGCUCUAUUAUCAAGGGCAAACGGAUCCUAGAGCUGGGCGCUGGCACCGGAUAUCUCUCGAUCCUCUGCGCCAACUUCUUGGGAUCUCCCAGUGUAAUUGCUUCGGACGGCUCCGACGACGUUAUCAACAACCUCCCGGAAAACCUGUUCCUCAACAACCUCCAAGACUCGAACGCGGUCGUUCCGAUGGAGGUCAAAUGGGGGCACGCUCUCAUGGGCACCGAGGAAGACAAGUGGAACGGGGGUCGGCCCGUGGACGUCGUGCUCGGCGCCGACAUUACCUACGACCAGAGGAUCAUACCUGCACUGGUCGGGACUCUCCUGGACGUCUUUCAACUGCACCCCGCAGUCGAGGUCUACAUUUCAGCAACCCAGCGCAACGAGUCAACAUUCCAGGUGUUCCUAGACAAAUGCCAGAUCAACGGCCUCGCCGUGGAAGACCUCCAGUUUGAGGUGCCGAGCAGGGAGACGCAAGAGGGGCCGUUUUACAAUGACAAGGUAGCUAUUCGAAUUUGCAAAGUGUCCAGACCAUAG